CAAACCUUUGCUGGUAACGGUAGCUAGCUAAAUGACGCUGUUAACCACGAAUGGCUAGUCUUUUAGAAUUAACGUAGUAUUUUGAGGGUGACAAUGAUUUCAGUCAGCUAUAUUCUGCUGUGCGGACAGUUCCUGCUGCUACUGACGGUGAUUCUGUUACAAUGUCUGGAAGGAAUUCACUCCCAAAACUCAUCGACAGUCGAGACUCCUACUACUAAUGGUGUUCAGGGAGCUACUACACUGCCGUACAGCGACCAGCCGCCAGAAAUGGUGAAAAAUGAAAUACCGGUGGAAAGUACGAAUUAUACAGAGCAAUAUGAGUACAGACCCCCGUCACCGGUCGUCCUCUGCAGCUAUCUACCAGAGGAGUUCAUCUACUGUCAAGACCCUGUAGAUCAUGCAGGCAACAACAGUGCCUUUCUGGAGAUGGGACAUGGUUGUGUUGGGUGGGGUGGCCAGACUCAAAAAGAAGUGAACCACACACCGGUUAUCUGCACUGCACUCGAUGAUAUAGAGUGUGCUGGACCCAGAGAAUUCCUCAGAGGAAGUGUGCCAUGCAUCAAAUACACUGGACACUAUUUCAUCACCACGCUGCUGUACUCCUUCUUCCUGGGUUGUUUUGGGGUUGAUCGUUUCUGCCUUGGCCACACUGGCACUGCUGUGGGGAAGCUGCUCACCCUGGGAGGCCUGGGAAUCUGGUGGUUCGUGGACUUGAUCCUGCUCAUCACUGGCGGCCUGAUGCCCAGUGAUUACAGCAACUGGUGCACCUACUACUGAGACGCACAGCAGAGUGUGACCAAGGACUCAGGCCAUUUCUGAGCCAGACAUUAUCAGUUAAAUAUUGAGAACUCCAGUGAUGUGGCCACAGCCAGACAUAGUUACGAGUCUGUGGGCUGGCUUGCUCUAAAGGGAUUUACAGCUCUGCUUUGUAAAGUGGAGUUCAGGGACCUCCUGAGGACUCCUGACAGGGUUUGCGGGGCUCAUGAGGAGUAAUUUAAUUUAAUUCUAAUUUAAUCCACUUGAAAUUUCCCACAGAAUGCAUAAGAAUAUCUAUUGUAUUCACAGCUUUCACCAGAGCGACAGUGAUGACUGUGCUACUUUUUAGUUCUAAAUGUCAUCUAAGGUCACUUUCACUCUGUAGACGAGCUCAUAUGGUCAUUUGUUACCGUUAGUUGUGGUCUGCUUCAUGAUGUCACUGACCGAUAGAAGGAGGACACAAGUACAACACACCUGUGUUUUGAGUGGUGUAUUGGGGAAAAUCACUGCACUCAUAUCGUGGCAUGCAUAUGUUGUGUUACCAUAGUUACCAAAUUAUUUGCAUGAAUAUAUACAGUACAUUACUCACAAGAUUGCCUCCGUGACAGCUGAUACGCAGUGGAGGGAUCUAAUAGUAGUUUGUGCUAAAAUCCCACAUCAGCCAUCAUAAAAUCAGGUGGUUGGUUGUUUGGCUGUCACACCACAAACAAACUGCUUCAGAGUUCAGACUGAGGCCUCUUAAAAAGGAAGCUCUCACUCCAAUUGUUUUGUCCGUGCUAGAGAGAAUCCAAAGGAAAGUCCACGUGGACACUGGCAUGAAUAAUUUAUGGUGUGAAAGCAAAACAAUCCAACCGACCACAGUACCUUGUCAUAGUAAAUAUGUACUUUUAACCUGAAUAAAAACAUGGUAGGACAGCCA